GUUGUAUUUGGAAUGCAAAUUGACCAUAACCUCACUAAUAUGUCAACAGAUGUAUACAAACAUAAAUACUCAAUUUCUAUAUAUUUAGUGCUUUUUUUACUCAUUUCUUGCCUCUGUGAUGAAGAAGUUUGCCUUUCUGACUCGCAAUGUGCACAGGACUUAAGCACUACGAAAAAUAGAUUUCUCCUGUACGACGUAAAUCCACCGGAGGGUUUCAAUCUUCGUCGUGAUGUCUAUAUGCGUUUUGCUAUUUUAGCACACAAAUUGAAACUUUCCAAAAAUGAGAAACUAAAACAUUUUAGACUGGUGCUUCCUCCAUGGUCACAUUUAUACCACUGGACUUACAAUCCAAAUCCCGAACAAAUGCCAUGGGGACUAUUUUUUGAUCUAGAAAGUCUCAAAUCGUUCGCACCUGUUAUAGAAAUGCACGAAUUUUUCAAUGCUAUUGACAGGAAGUAUAGCGUUGUAAUUGACGAAGUGUACAUUCUGCAACAUUUUAAAGACAUGUUUGAGACUGGGAACUUUGAGGACCGAAUGAAAAUUGAAGAAUGCAGAGCCAAGUCCCAUCUUAUUUAUUUUUUUUAUAACAAUAUAACUUCUAAGAACGUCAAGUGUUUAUCGUAUCAUGGUCCAGCAACUAAGUUAUCAGAGCUGUUGGAUAAAUCACCAGCUAAGAUCAUUUUGUUGCAUCAUGCUGAAGUGGCUCUUCAUCAUAUGUUUGGGGAUAAAUUAUACUGGCAGUGUAGGAGAAGUAUGAGGUUUAAUAAAGAACUGCGCUCGAUAGCGGCUGAUUUUCGACAGCAGUUCCUCAACUCCAGUGAUGAUUUAGAUGGGACUAUUUUACCCAAUAGGUGGCAAGACGAAAAACCUCACAGAAACGCUGUAGGGGGCCCCUACUUAGGAGUACAUUUACGGAGAAAAGAUUUUUUAACAGGUCGAGCCAACCAAGUUCCUUCUGUAGAAAAUAUAGUACAACAGAUAAGUGAGAAACUUAAAAAACUGAGUUUGUCGACGGUUUUCGUAGCAACUGAUGCUAGUGAUGAGGAAUAUGGAGAUAUCAUUAGAAAAAUUCCACCUGAAUAUAAAACCAUUAGAUACACUCCUAGUGAAAAAGUUAAAACGAAGUAUAAAGACGGCGGUAUUGCGAUCAUUGAACAGAUUAUUUGUUCCCAUGCGCGCCAUUUUAUUGGGACGCAAGAGAGUACUUUUUCCUUUCGAAUUCAAGAAGAGCGCGAAAUCUUUGGAUUCCCCAUAAAGUCGACUUUCAAUAGUUUUUGUAGAGAACAUAAUGGGUGUCCGCAACCAUCAGUCUGGAAAAUUGUUUAUUAAUAGAUCCGAUAUUAAUGCU